AUGAUCUACGAAGAGACCCGCGGUGUGCUCAAGUCCUUCCUCGAGUCCGUCAUCCGUGACGCCGUCACCUACACUGAACACGCCAAGCGUAAGACCGUCACCUCGUUGGACGUCGUCUACGCCCUCAAGCGCCAGGGCCGUACCCUCUACGGUUUCGGUGGCUAA